UAAUUCUUCCUCUAUAUCGUUGAGGAGUGAUCGUGAUGCACGGCAAUCGCCUACACCAAGAGGACGCGGGUCAAAAUCGAAUGCGAAAAGCUCAAGGAAGUACAGCCGCACAGUCUCCAAGGAGCUAGAUGGGGAUGUAGAAGACCUAUUGACCGACGGGAAUAGUGUCCCUCCAGAUGACUCCGUUCUCAGUGAAGCUAGCGAAGGCUCAGAGGAUGAGAUAGCCGACAAUCUAUUGGGCGGGGAAUCUGACUAA